UUUCAGUGGGAUGUCUACUGAGGAUGCAACUACCACAAUAAAAGUAAUUCCUAUAAAAACACAGCUUUAUUAAAAACAGCAAGCAGAAUUGUAGCAUGUCUCUCCGAUGGAAAGAUUAUGAAGUGCAUUCAUGUGAUCAGCAAGAUUCAUCUGCGGUAACCGAAAAUGGGAGAAGUAUGGAGUAACUAAUAACUGGUUAGGCAAGGUGAACUUGUUCAGCACAUUUGCUAAUAACGUUGUGAUUGUUAGUAAACCUUACUACUAAACAAUGGUCAUUUCGUGUCUGAAUACUCACGAUGUGUCCGACAAAUAUGACCAGGUUAACUGGUUGAUCUUGGCACUGACGAUCAGCAUUUCUAUUGUCGAUUACUCUAGUCUUUCACGGAGUUAGCAGGGUUGGGGGGGUUUAGGGUGUAGAAGCUGCGCACCUCAUCUGGAGCGAUGUAGACAAGGCCAGAGUAGCCGAGCGCAGAGGCCUUUUCCCCCCCAUUCCCCUUUUGUGUGUGUGUUUACAUUUUUUAUUUUUAAACGGAGGGGGAAAAGUAUUAAGCGCGUCCGAAGCGCGGGGCCGAGGUGGGAAUGAUGUACGCCUUCGUGAGGUUUCUGGAAGACGACCUGUGCUACGCCCUGCCGGUCUCCAGCGUGAAGGACUUCAGACCCGUGCACAAAGCGGAUUUCGACAACCAGAAGGUGUAUGUGGUGCACAGAUCCGAGGCCAGCGGCACAGGAACAGGCGGGCCCGGCAAGGCGCAGAUCCUCGCCCUGGCAGAAAAUAUAGAGGAGUUUGAACACAGUAUUAUGCAGAAGAAGAUGAAAAUUCCCAAGCUGUCCAAUAGAGACAUGGCUAACGCAGUGGAGAACCACUUUGGGGAGGAUCAGCUUCCGCUCCGACAUAAAAAGGUGCCGGACCAUGGGCGAGCCAGUGCAAACUCAUCCAAGAGCUUGGCGGCCGUGGUGGCCCGAUUAGAGCGCAACGCUGUGAGCUUGUGCGUGGAGGGCGACGAGGACCUGGAGGAGGACAGGCUGGCAGCAGAGGAGGAGGAGGAGGAGGAAGAGGAGGGAGACUUGAGUACCGAGGAGGCAGUGGUCCCUCGGGUGCUUUACGAGGAACUGGUCCACAGCUACCGGCAGAGGGAGGAGGAGAUGCGGCACCUGCAGCAGGAGCUGGAGCGCACCCGGAGGCAGCUGGUACAGCAGGCCAAGAAGCUGAAGGAGUACGGGAGCCUGCUGACGGAGGUGAAGGAGCUGCGUGACUUCAACAGGAGGCUGCAGGACGUCCUGCUCAUGAGGCUUGGCAGCGAGCCCAUGCAUGACAGUGGGACCCAGACAAUCAAGGCUGAAGUGAUGGAACCCAUUGCUGAGCCCCCAGAGGUCUGCAGAGAAGAGGCCAACACCAGUUCCGGCCACUCCCAUUCGCCCUCCCCCAGAACGGUGUACACAUUCAAUGACGGAAAGGUACACCUGGGUGGAGGCAUUUGGGUGGAGGAAGAGAAAUGGCACCAGCUUCAGAGAACACAGGGUGAUUCCAAGUUCACCAAAAAUCUGGCUGUCAUGAUUUGGGGCACAGAGACCCUGAAGAACAGGAGUGUCACGGGUGUGGCUACCAAAAAGAAGAAGGACGCUCUGCCAAAGCCCCCACUCUCCCCAAGCAAGCUUAAAAUCGUCAGAGAAUGCCUGUACGACAGAGUAUCACAGGAAACCGCGGACAGUGCGGAGAUCACGCAGAGAUUGUCCAAAGUGAACAAAUACAUUUGUGAAAAGAUAAUGGAUAUCAACAAAUCCAUCAAGAACGAGGAGAAGCGCGAGUCCAAACUGCUCAUUAGACAAACAGUCAAGAUGGAAAAUUUCAACUAUGAUGGCAUGUAGUGAUUAAGGGUUGUCACCAUAGCUCAUCCUCCUCUUCUCAGACUGCCAAACAGGAAGUGGGUGGACUGGAUCAUCACCCCUGCCAUUUGAGAUUCUCACCGGAGCCCCAAUGAGGCCUUUGCAUCCCAAGCAAACCGGUGCCUGUUAGACAGCUUUACUACUCAGUUAACGUAUUCGGGGGUUAAAUGUGUUGUUGAGAGUUGCGGGACUGAGGUUGGGGGCGUGUUUUUCAGGCCAGAGGAGAGGUGCGUUUGAAUGGGGCCAGAGGGAGGACGUGGUGGUCUUCUACAAGCCGUUCUGUGUCAGAACGUGACGUUUUUGUGCUGUAUAGCUACAGAGCAGGUGCACCUUCAGAAUAUGUUUUCUGAUUUUAGGAAGACUUUCUAAAAGCAUUAAUUUGGGCAAAUGCGGCAUUCGGAGUUUCGUAGGUUGCCACCUUUCACGUGCGAUCUGCGUCUCAGUCGUCUGUACUUUUCACAGGCCUGUCAAGGGACAUACUUUUUAUUUUUUUUUUUGAACAGGGUUGUAACUCUGCAUGUCUUAAUCAAUAGAGGCCACGCCUCUGUUUUUAGAUGCCCUAAAUGCCCUAGAGGUUGUCAUUGUUUGAGAAUCCUUAUUUGUGUUCGGAAGGGGAACUCCCAGGUCUCCCUGUCCUACCCCCUGAUAGGCUAGGACACGUGGCCCCGCUUGCACAUGUCUGUUUACUGUUUGUGUUGUUUCUCUGUAAUCUUCCGACCAACCAUUAGCACUUGCUCUUGUAUUAUAUUGCAGAUCACCCUCUUCUUAGACCCCUUAAUGCUCCUGUUAGCUUUUGAGUUUGUUUGUGGGUUCUGGUUAACGAUUAUCAAGCCUUUUUUUUUUUUUUUUUUUUU